CACAGGUGGUCGAGAGGUCUUGCCACGGUUGACACGGAGUGCGGCGGAUGCAUUAUCCGAGGGAUCCGGAAAUUAAAACUCAAAUGCUUGGCCCCGGCGAUCAAUGGAAAAUCUGAAGUCUGGCGGCGCCUCCGAAAUUUUGUGCCAUUCAUGUCAACACGAUGGAUGGUGUACCAUUGUGCAGCAAGAAAGCAUCGCUGCUACUUUCAACUCAUCCAGUGAGUACAAAACCUCAAACAUGUGGCUUCGCGGUCUUACAUAUUACGGGAUUUAUAUAUCCUAGAUUGCCAUUCGGCCUGAAUUCGUUAUGUGCAGCUUCAAGCUGGCCCUGCGUUUACGUUGAAUUAAGUACUCUAGCCGUCAACCAACACGGCAUGUCCUUCUUCACUAUCCCAAAACGAACACUCAAUCCAAACGCUAGAACUCCUUUUGGUUUUUCUCGCUUCUUCAAUUUACUGACAAGUGCCCGCUCGUACCACUGGCGGUACCCGCAUGUAUGUACACGAAUCAAACAUAGGUAAAUUGCUCGGCACCCUAUCCCUGGGACCAUCUCUCGGCAAGCCCUUCUUGCAGUAUAUAAUCCGAGCGCUCGAACCAUGGAAGGUCAGUCUACUUGUCUUAGCUUUUUCACCUCGCUUUCCUUCGCGCACGUUCUCCUCACUUCCUACCACCGCCCCCCACCUCACAAUGUUGUCUAAAUCAUUCGCUCUUUUUGCUGCCUUCGCUGCCAUUGCCCCUGCCUUCGCAGCCCCCGUUCCUGAUGUCGUAGGUGUUACAGCGACUGUUAAAGAUGUCGCCAACGACCUCAAGGCCAACGUACUGACUCAGGCUCGUGCUGUUGGCUCCAGUCCUGCGUCUGUCGAGGAAGUCGUCAAAUUGAUUAGCGGUAGCGGCCUCGAGCGACGAUCCGAUUAUGGAUGCUCCGUCGCUGAAGUCUCUGCCAUUGUCAGCGACGUGCUUAACAACGGGACAAUUAGCAUCUUGUCUCAGUCCAAGCGUAGCGAUUGCGAUGUUGUUGGAGUCACUGCUCAGGUCAAGAAUGUACUGAACAACCUUAAUAUCAACAUUCUCACCCAGUCCAAACGUAGCGAGGAGUACUGCUCAGUUGCUGAUAUCCAAGCAGUCGUCUAUGCAGUCGCGGACGACCUGAAAAUCUCGGUUUUGUCCCAGUCGAAGCGUAGUAGCAGCACCUGCGAUGUUGUCAAGGUCACUGCGAUCGUGACAGACCUCCUCGAGAGGCUUAACGUCAAGGUCUUGACGCAAUCCAAGCGUUCCGACGACACCUACAGUGUUGCUACCAUUACAGCCAAGGUUGAAAACGUCCUCAACGACCUCGAGGCUAAUGUGACGGCGCGCUCUCAGACCGGCACAACUUCUGUGGUCGAUGCCAUUGUCGAGGAGGUGCUCAGCCAGAUCCAAGCUGGCGCCAAGCGUAGUGAAGUUAACAUUGCCGCUGUCGUCAAAAACGUUCUCAACAAAGCGACGCUCAACGUCACCGCUUAAUACAUGCGUUAUACGUUUGAAAAGCAGCAUCUCAUACCCGACGUCGCACACAUACCCCGCCAUUCGUUUAUCACUGUCACUCGUUAGAUCACGUAUUAGAAUACCGCGUAAUGAAGUUUCUUUGGGAUCCCAGUUGUGUCAUGGUGCAAUCGCGAGUGGAAAUUUGCUCAAUCAUUUUGGCCUAGUUCGU